GUUAAUGUAUGUACAUAUUGUUUUUGCAGAUGUUUGUGAAAGAAUUUGACCUAUAAUAAAUUAUUUGCUGAAGUUGUUUAACAUUUAUUGGCAAAUGUAUAUUUUAGUUGAAAUAUGAGGAAACUGCGUUAUGUAGCUGUAUUCACUCUGCUGAAAGUGAUUUUUAUUUGUUUGCAUUAAUUGCUUUAAUUUUAUUUAUAUUUCAGUGUCUUAAAUGUUAAUGUAUGCACAAUUAGUAAUGGUAAUCAAACACAACUGGACCGUAAUAAGAAUGUUCUACAUCAGUAGAGCGCAAUUAUGACGUGAGGAGUGCAGCAGGUACAUAUGAACAUUCUUUUCUAGAAUUCUCUGUUGGGAGAUUUGGAGAUUGUUGCGGUUGGUGUUUUUUGUGCGUUUGGCGAGUUUCUACAGCGACUGAAUUUUUCAGCUAUUCAUUUUCGGGUUUUGACUUGUUUUCGGACUUUGACCAUCGGCUUUGGAUUCGCUUCGUAUUUUGACUUCCGUUUUUGACGCGAGAUUUUGAUUUGGUUUGGAUUCCCGGUUUGACCUUUUUCUUUUUUUUUGACUCGCGGCUUCGGACAAUCGUCGGAUUGGUUGACAACUCGGCGACUGAGAAAAACCCCGAUCCUUUCAUGGAAAUGGGAGCGGUUAGCGUUUUAUCAGUGUGUGUGGAAACACCAAGAGCUGUGUUCGGUGUUCCCCUCAUCAGCCUGAGGAAGAGUGGACAGAUGAGGCAGGGUCUUCCUCUGGUGCUCACACACAUAGUGGAGUUUGUGGAGAAGCAUGGUCUCGGUAAGAAUGGCCUGUUCAGAGCCAGCGGGUCAGUGAAACGCUGCCGGGAACUGAGGAUAAGUUUUGAUCAAGGAGGAUUUCCAGAGUUUGACAGUGGGGCUAUUCUUACUCCGGCCUCCUUAUUGAAAGUUUUCCUCAGGGAAUUGCCUGGUGGACUUAUUCCAGAGCCACACAGGACACAACUGCUGAAUGUGUUCAAAGAUUCAAAAGAGGGAGAACUGAAUCAGGCUGUGAGGACGAUCCUGAACAGUCUCCCAGAGGAACAUUUUAAUGUUCUCUGCUACCUAAUGUUCUUCCUGUCCCGUGUGGCUGCUGAGAGUCAUCUAAAUCUUAUGACAUCUGGGAACUUGUCAAUAGUUUUUGGACCCAGCAUCUUUCACGUUCCUCUCAGCCCCACCAUGGUUGAGGAACAGGGGCAGUGUAACGCUUUGACUGAGCACCUGCUGGACAACCUGAUCCACCUUCUGCCAAACAUGUACCCUCAUGCACCCACCAGCAUCACAGCAGAGGAAAGGGACUGGGCUAAUGAAGAGUGUAUCCAACAGCUGCCACUAACAAAAAUCAGAUCAAAGCUGCCUAAAAUUGGACGACUUGGACGAUUGAGAAAACGAUUAAGAGGUUUUUGGAGAAAGUUGUGCUCAUGCACUUGCAGCAACGACACAGAGAGUGGAGAGGCCUCUGCCAGAGUGGAGACGCAGACAUAGGAGAGUAGAAGACACUAUGGCUUGUGAGGAUUUCCACAAAACACUGGGGCCAGUGAGGUUCACUGCCAGGCAGUAGGGUCGGUGAGGAUCACCAGAAGACACUGGGGUCAGUGAGGGUCACCAGAAGACACUGGGGUCAGUGAGGGUCACCAGA